UGUCAGAUUAUUACAUUAAUAAUUCAGAAGAUUCUGGCAGGGAGUUCCAAAUUGAACCUCUAUCAAUUAAACAGCUUACUACCUAAAAAGCAAGGAUCCGUACAUAUUUACCAGUCGAGGACAACUGAGGACACCGGUUCAUUUAAAAAUAUUAAUUAUCAUUCCAAGAUUAAUGACAAUUUGAGAGAAAAAUAUACCACAACUACUGAGUUCUACAAUGCCAAGGUGGUGCAUGACAUUAUGUAUAAUGAGAGUGUCCAAAUUGUGUCCAUUUUCAAGGACUACCUAAUUCUAGACGAUUUAACAGAAUUCUUCAAACGUCCAUAUUCUAAAGAGGAAGCGCAUCAGAAGUUACCUAGGAUGAUCAAGUUCUAUGACUCUUACUCUAAAAUAAUUCCUAAUUAUGCUGUCUUGCCUGAGAAUCAGCACCUGUUUAAAAAUAUUGCAAAGAAACAGAAGGCUGCAGAAGAAAAACACAGGUAUUUAAUGUACAAAAAGACACAGAAAAAGCCCUCUGAAGAAGAGCAUGCCCGGAUGAUGAAUUCGAUUAUGUCUGAAGAGAAGCUCUUCGAUCCCAAAUUUAUCGAGGAAGUUAAGCUACAGAAGUACUUACCUGACAGAAAGGAUUAUAAGCAGAUGAAAUUGUCCAGAAUUCUUGACUCUUUUCUGCAAAGUUCCUCUAUCAUGUUAUCAAAGAGCCUUCACUCAACCUUCAAGGACACAAAUACCAGUAUAUUUUCAAGAAUAAGUGAGAGUAUAAAUAUGAUCCCGCCAGAUACAUUGGAGCGGUUGAAGAAAAAGCCUGAGUUUUGAUUCACUGCAGAUGUGCUUAACCAAAAAGCUAAGAACAAGCUCAUCACCGAUCAUGACACUGGCAAAGCCAUCGCAUUCCGAAUAACUAGAGCUCUCUUUGCCCAAAAGAGGAAGGAAGCCGCCAAGCAAAAGGAAGAAGGAAAGAAAGAAGCAAAGAGAAAAAUGAUUGAUAAGAAAAUUAUUCUAAAAAGCACCAAAGAAAAGUUUUCAAAUAAAGCUUCCAAGAGGAUUUCAAUUGAUGAUCGAAACCGACCAGAAAUACAGCUUUGAAGCAAUAAAGACAAAUGUGAGAAGGAUAAGAAGGAAUAUGAGAAAUCCAAGAUUGACUCAACCCACUUACCUCCAACACUUCCUCAUGGAAAUAUUAGCCGUUUGAACUUAAGGACUAAGAGUAAUUUCUCUAAUAUUAUCAUGCCUUCUCAAAUGAAAAGCAGGAGAGCUAGUAAGCUAAAGAUAUCACUGAAAUCACCAAUGAAUAUGGAUGAUAGAAUAAGGAGUUCAACACCUCAAUCAAGUAUUCUAGACUCGAAGAAUUACACCAAGCUUAGUGAAAAGACUAAGCAUGUAUUGUUUGGAAAGAGGUCCACUUCUAAACAAUCGCGGAAGCGGCCUAAGACUAAAAUCUGCUUUAAUGACAAGAGGGAUAAUUCUCGUAUUUCGAAGAAUAAGCGGAGCUCGAGUAAUCACUUUUCUAGGAGUACUUCUAUCAGAAAGAAAAGGAAGGAUAUGCAAAGUAGAUAUAACAUCAAUUCAACGCUUUUUAAAUCAGUGGAUAUGAAGAAAAAUAAUAAUUUAUAUGAAGUAAAUCGAGGUUUGAGCAAUAGCCUUUCUAAAUUCGACUCUACAACAUUGUCGUUAAUGCAUUCUGGUCAUAAGACCUCUCUAGCAAUGUAUGAUUACCCAAAUAUGGUACGUAGCAGUAAGAUCGACUCAAAGAAAUCCUUAUUCACAUCUUCCCAAAAGAGCAAAAAUCUGAAAUCCUGAUCAAAGACCAAGAAUUUUAAGUUGUUCAAAAAACGGAAUUUGAAUAGUAAGAUCUCUAAGGAGCUGAAGUUAACGGAAAUGAGUAGAUUUUCGCCUAAUAAAUCAAGACUGAUUGCUCAUAAGAAGCAUACGUCAAUGUGUUAAUUGUUAAUUAAUCCAAUUUAUGAAA